CAUUUCUCUGGCAUGGUGCCACGUAUACAUCGGUAGAUGCGCGCACAUAACACACCCUGAACAGUUAUAUAACCCAUCUGUUUGGGGGAAAGUGCGAAUUCAAAUUUGGGGGUUUUUUUCGGUUACAAACAUAUUACACAACUGACUGUCAUAGCCAGUCUGCCUCUUGCUGUCCACGUUUGUCUUUAGCUGGCUCUGUACAUCACAGAAUGUCAGGAAAAAGUACGAAACAAAGAGUAGCCGUGAUAGGUGCCGGAGUAGCAGGACUCUGCAGUCUUAAGCAUCUAGUUGAGAAGCCUGAUGUCUUUGAACCAGUGGCAUUCGAAAGGAAUUUCUGGUCUGGAGGGAUAUGGAACUUUUCUGAUCAAACGGGAAAUGACGAUUUCGGACUUCCGGUACACUCCCCUAUAUACAACAGUCUUAAAAUUAAUAUCCCCAAGGAACUGCAGGAGUUCCCGAGUUUUCCGUAUCCCAAGGAAUGGAAGACGUCCUACAUCAGCCGACAGCAAUGUCUGGAGUACAUCAACAGGUUCACGGAUCACUUCAAGCUCAGACAGUACAUCCGGACACACACCCUCGUUCGAAAUGUUAAACCACUGAUAGAAACCGAGGAAGAUGGCCGCGUAAAAUGGCUCGUCACAUACUCUUCCGUGAACCACAUGUCCGAGGUCAACACGGAAGUUUUCGAUUCCGUACUUGUGUGUAAUGGACAUGAUUCUAAUGACUAUACGCCAAAUAUCCCUGGGAUGGAAAUAUUUGAAGGAAGGAUGAUUCACAGCAAGAACUUUCGGUACGAGGAACAAUUUGACGGACUUCGUGUGGCUAUCCUUGGUGUCCACUUUUCCGGAGAGGACAUUUCUAUGCAAGUGGGACGUUUUGCCAGAAAGGUAUACGCAUGUCACAGAAGAAAGCCGGAGGAAUUUCCACCGUCUUUCCCAAAGGAGAUAGAGCAACGACCCCCAAUCGUGCGCAUGACAAGAGAUUCAGUGGUCUUCCCUGAUGGUAGUUCCGAGAAGGUUGAUGCCGUCAUAUUCUGUACCGGAUAUCGAUUCUCAUUUCCGUUUCUGGAGGAUGGCAUCAUCACCAUCACAGACGAGCGUGUGGAGCCGGUAUAUAAACACAUGGUUCACAUCGAGUACCCAAAUUUGAUGUUCAUCGAAAUUCCUCGACAGUGGAUAUAUUUUCCCAGUUUUCAUGAAAUGGCUAAACUAGCUGCCUUGAUACUGGCGGGAAAAGUGAAGCUUCCAUCGAAAAAAGAAAUGCUGGCGGAUAGCGAGGCCGACUUUCAGGCCCGAUUGAAGGAAGGAAAACCGCCAUCCUUUGCCCAUUAUAUGGGAGAUAAGGAUAGGCAGUUUCGGUACAGUGAGCAACUUGCUAAAUUGGGCGGAUUUGAUCCACUGCCGCCAGUCCUUGAGAUGUUAUGGCAUGACGUAGUAGAUGAGAGAUACAUGAAUUUGCCACAUUGUAAUGAACUUGACUACGUCAUCACUGGACCCAGUUCUUAUCGAUGUCUGAAUCCGGAAAUGAUCAAGUCAAGAAAAUCAAAGGCGGAAAAUGUGCAGAAAAAUUAACUUUUAUGGAAAUCUUUUGAGUUUUCAUAUAUUUGUUAGAAGUGCAGAGUUAGUCUUUUUCUAUUAAACAAAGAGAUUGAUUGUA